AUGCACGUCGAGGAUCGCCUGGAAAAUGAGGCCAUUCUCCGUGUUGCUGAGACCGGGACCAUACGAGGUCUUGGCGUCUUUGCCAAGGCCAAUGUUCCUCAAGGGCACAGAGUGAUAUUCGAAAGACCAGUCAUGUCCUGUGCGGCGGCGACUCUCACCGAUGCAUCGUUGUACUACGAGUGGACGAAGAUUGGCGUAGAAGGGCAGAACCGGCUGAAAAGGCUCUUUUGGAAGCUCAGGUUGCUUCCCUCGUCUGAGAAACCGGGGUUCUAUACCAUGCGCCGGCUGAAGAGCUUCGUGCGCGAGCACGCCUACCUCCAGAAGUCGGAUCCGAAGAAGGCCAACAUUUACAAAUGGUGUUCUUACCUCAACCAUGCAUGCGGGAAGUGUGCAAAUGCCGACUAUACGGUGGACUCUUUUUCAGGUGCCAUCUCCGUCACCACCACCAGACCAGUUCAAGUGGGAGAGGAGGUUAUCGUGAAUUAUAACCGUGGGAAACAGAAUCUCUACUGCACUGCAUGCAAGCCACCAGGUACAUUCCGGAGAAAUUGGACCUUACUUCGGUAUCGAUUCUUGCGAUGGAGCGCGCGGAGAGCGUGGCCUACAGGAGGGGAAGAGCCGACGCUUUUCCCUCCAGAGUAUGACGCAGCGGUUGUGCCAACACCAGAAGGCAAAUCUGCUGUGGCAGGGCAACUUGAGGAAUUUGGGAGCACCAGCACCAUCUUGCCAGAAGCGCCACGUGAAAGUGGCGCGAUAUUUGCUCGCCUUAGAAGGGGUUAUCUGAGUAUGCUGGCAUUCUUCCACAAGAAGCAGUUGCGCGCUGGCCAGGAUGCUAAGGACAUUGAGCUCGAGAGCGAAAAUGAUACUGCAGAUCGUGGGAACGCGGCACAAUGA